AUGACUUCCAUGCCUCACGAUAACGCUGGGACCGGUAGAUGUUGCGCUCCUCCCCGGUCUUCACUUGUUUCCUCUCACCCACUAGAUCCCCUGUCUAUCGAGGAAAUCCCCCUAGCAGCCAAUAUUAUCCGGCAACAUGCCUCCUCAGACCGCCUCAAAUUCAACUGUAUUACACUCCACGAGCCCACAAAGGCCGAAUACACAGCAUUCCGCUCCCACACCGGCCCUCGCCCGGACCGGCGCGCCUUUUCCAUCGUCAUCCAAGGGAAGCAGUCGCCCCAGGUCUCAGAAGUUGUUGUCAACCUAACCUCCCGCCGGGUUGAAUCCUGGAAAGAUCUCGCCAAUGUCAUGCCCACCUUGACCCUCGAUGAUCUGGAUGUCACGGAGCAGAUCGCCCGGAAUGACCCACGUGUCAUCGAAGCUUGUCGGGAGAUUGGAAUCACCGAUAUGUCCAAGGUGUACUUCGAUGCGUGGGCAAUCGGAAUCGAUGAGAGAUGGGGCUUUGAACGACGACUGCAGCAGGCGCUUCCGUAUUACCGGAGCUCAAGAUAUGACAACCAAUAUGCGCAUCCGCUGGACUUUGCUGUCGUGACGGAUACAGAAGCGCAGGAGAUCCUCAGCGUCGAUAUCCGGCGGGUUAAUGGAGAGCGCACAGCUGUGCCUCGUGAUGAGCAUAACUAUCUGCCCCGGUUCAUUGGGAAUUCUUAUCGCCAUGAACGACUCAAGCCGAUUGACAUCACCCAGCCGCAGGGUGUUUCGUUCAGAAUGAACGGGAAUGAGAUUGACUGGGCUGGAUUCAAGAUGCAUAUCGGGUUCAACUACCGCGAGGGACUCGUCUUAUCGGAUAUCCGUGCUCACGAUCCCUAUGAGCAGCGGGAGCGUAUGCUGUUUAACCGGAUCAGCGUCGUGGAAAUGGUGGUGCCGUAUGGAUGUCCCAAGCCCCCGCACCACAAGAAACACGCCUUUGAUGUCGGAGAAUACGGCAGCGGACUGAUGACCAACUCGCUCAAACUGGGCUGUGACUGCAAAGGCGCUAUACACUACCUUGACGCCGUUCUUCCGACUGCCACCGGCGAAGCCUUCAUCAUCGAAAACGCAGUCUGCAUUCAUGAAGAAGACAACGGCCUUCUCUACAAACACACAGACUUCCGUGACGGAAACGUCAUUUCAGCCCGGGAUCGCAAGCUAGUCAUCUCUCAGAUAAUCACGGCCGCCAACUAUGAAUACGCCUUCUACCACACCUUCACCCUGGACGGAACGUACAAGCUCGAGAUCAAGCUAACCGGAAUGCUGAACACAUAUCCCCUGCACUCCAGCGAACAAGCUGCUCCCUACGGAACCGAAGUAGCCCGUGGCAUCGACGCCCAAAACCACCAACACAUAUUCUCCCUCCGCGUGGAUCCCGAGAUCGACGGCCCAACAAACACAGUCGUGCAAAGCGAUGCAGUCCCGUCAGACGAACCCGUUGGUUCAGAAGGCAACCCAUAUGGUAACGGCUUCUAUGCGAAGAAGACUCCCCUCCGCACAGCGAAAGAAGGUGCCACACAUUAUUGCCACGAAACCGGUCGCACAUGGGACAUCACCAACCCUAAUUGCCUCAACCCCAUCUCCAAAAAACCCGUUUCUUACAAGAUCCUGAACAAUAACUGCCCACCCCUGCUCGCAAAACCAGGUAGCACCGUCUACAACCGUGCCGCAUUCGCACGCAAGUCCCUCUGGGUCGUUCCCUACCGCGAUGACGAGCUCUUCCCCGCGGGACGGUAUGUAUGUCAGUCAACAGGGGAGGAAGGGCAUCAAGACAAUGGGACGGUUGUUGAUUGGGUAAACCGAGACGAAGGGAUCGAGAACACGGAUAUCGUUUGCUAUGUGCAGUUUGGGUUGACGCAUUUCCCGCGCACGGAGGAUUUCCCGAUAAUGCCUGCGGAGCCUGUGAGUGUUAUGCUGCGGGCUGCGAACUUCUGGCAGAAGAAUCCGGCGCUUUGGGUGCCGGCUUCGGAUGUGGUGAGGGAUGUUUCAUCGCGGGAUGCGUUUGAGAAGGUUGUGGAUGGUGGUCGGAGGCUGGAGAACGCGAAGCUGUAG